AUUAUUUCUAUGAAGCCCAUCCAAUUUUAUGAUCUCCGUCUUCCAGCUCUUGGAGAAAAAAGUUGGUCUCCAAAUACCUACAAGACACGCUAUACACUGAAUAUAAAGCGUCUCUCUUAUGAAACAAAAUGGGUUACUUUUCAAGAAGUUCUUACUAUAAUUCCGGAAAUCACCAAGACCGGCGAAACUCCUACUGUACCUAUCAUUGUAGAUGUUGAGAAAGACAAGGUUAUUCAGGAAUCUUUCAAGAUUGCACAGUAUCUGGAAGACACAUACCCUGAAACUCCUAGUUUAUUCCAUGGAAAUGAGGAGCUACACGCAUCUAUUCAAAAAAAAAUAGGCUCUACCCUGGCUCUUAAUCUCGCCUGUAUUGUUGUAUUAAAAAUAAUCAAGGCAUACGGCAAUGAGGCCGAGCAGGCCAAGUUCAGAAAGGAUCGUGAAUCCAAAUUUGGAAUGCCAAUAGAGCAGCUUAUAGGAGAUCCGGAGGAUCGCAUUAAGGCAAUUCAAGAUGGAUUGGAAGACUUCAGAGAAACUUUGACAAAGACCCCUUAUUUGACCGGAUCUGAAGUUGGGUGGGCUGACGUUGUAUUGGCUUCUCAAUUGAGGUUCAUAGACUCUAUGGAUCCCGAAUUAUUUGAUUCAAGAGUAUUGGAUGAUACAAACAGAGAAAAGUCUUUAAGAGAAUGGUACGUGCGCAUGUCUGUGUACGCAUAGACUGUAAAUCAUACAAUAAACUUUUUGUAAUUAUGAGUAUAUACUCUAUUUUUAUUAUUGAAAUCAUUUUGUUUUUGACUUUAUCAAAUAAACCUUUGAAUGAUCUAUUAUGAGAAACC